UGAAAAUGGCUGAUUCAAAUACUCUGAGUUCAGACAAAAAUCCAAGUGAUAACUGUGAUAAUGAACUUAAUACUUGCAACCCUUCUUUGUCAUCAGAACUUCAAGCUGAGGAAAUUGCAAUCAUGAAAGGUGAUGCAAUAGGAGAUACUUUAUAUAGUGAACGUUUUGUAUUGUCUACUUUAAUACAAUUAACUAAAUACACAGAUUUUAAUGAAUCUCUGGAAAAAGAACUAUGUACUUUAUGGGAUAUGACCAUUGAACGAGAUGUAGUUUUAUUAUUAUUGGAACAUAAUAGUUUGGAACUUAUUGCUAAUAUUAUUCAAAAUGAAACAAAUGAAAGGUUAACUGAAAUAUUAGUGGGUAUUGUUGCAAAUAUGUCCUGUUUAUCAGAAACACGCAAAAAACUCUGUUUCGAUAAAAAAACAAUGGAAAUUUUUUUAGAUGUAAUAAAUACCCAAGAUCCUUUAAUACUUAUACAACUAAUGAGAUUCAUCACUUCGGUACUCAUAUUUGAAAAUUCUGGUGAUGAAUAUGUUUGGUUUCAACAUUUUGAAAAUAAAGUUGAGUUCAUUGAUCAAUUAGCUUUUAUUCUACAUAACUCUACAAAUUCAAUUUUAAUACUUAAUGCAUUAGAAGCCUUAAUAUCAAUGUGUGCAAAGUUUGUCAUGCUGGAUAUGGAAGACAAUUCUUCAAGUACAUUUAUGCGAAUGUUUGUUAAAGGCAUUGUGGUGAGCGGUGUUAUAGAAGCCUUUAAGCAAACAACUCCAAUUCAGUUAUUAGAUGGUGAUGACACAAAUUUACCAACACAGAAGCAACAGAAGAUUUGCAAUUUAUUUCUAGAAAUCAAUUGCAUACUUACUCAAUAUGGGAAUCAUUCCAUAAAAAUUUAUGAAGAGCAUAUCUCUGAAAUACUCUCUUGUAUGAAUGUUAUUCUUCACCCAUUAACCAAAAUAAUGUAUUUAGUUCCAUUUACACAGAAUACUCAAGGUAUUGUAGAAAACAUUACAGAAAUUUUAUCAUCAUUGGACGAGCCUUUUGAUAUAGGAGUAAUCAUAAAAUUAUACACCAUUUGGAAUUUAGCAGAUAUCGAAAUUAACAAGUUUAAAAAAGAGUCAGCUGAUGUCUGGGAAAAAGAUAAUUCAAAUAAUUCUCAAGAAGAAAGCAUAUGCGGAACAAAUAUCUGUAUGGCUAUUUCUGAUUAUUAUAUAAAAAUUAUCAGUAAAUUGUCUGACAAAGAUUUUAUUCAAAUUAUACAAAAUCAUUUUACAUUUGAUAUGAUUCAAGAAUUAGGUAAAAAAUUGCUCAAUAUAGGUAGUGAGGAAGCAAAUGAAGCCUACAAUAAAAUAAGAAAAGUAUCACAAGCAAUUUGGACUAAGAAUAUAGAUCAAUAAAACACAGUAUUGUAAUUCAUCAGCAUCGUUAUUAAUUUUAUAAGUGCAAUUUUCAUAAAUGUUAAAA